GACCGUCGCUUCUUGCGCCUUGCCAUUGACUCGGGCGGCUGCCACGGUUACGUAUACAAAUUCUCCCUCGAGGCGAACGACUCGUUGGUGCCUGAGGAGGACGUCGUCAUUUCGGAAAGGGACGUUUCGGAGGCUGACAGCGUUAACAACAAUAGCAGCACAAACAACAGGGCAGAGCCCGCACCGCGUGUGGUGGUGGACAAACACUCCGCAUCGAAGUUGCUCUCGGCGGUGAUUGACUUCCACUCGGAGUUGAAAGGGUCGGCGUUCGUGGUGGUGGGCAACGAGCUAGUCGACGAGUCGUGCGCCUGCGCCAUGUCCUUCUCGGUGAAGAAGCAGCCCAGGAAAGAGCGGCGCGAGUAG